CUCUGCAGCACAGUGAGGUGCAGGCGCCCAUCAGGGGCUGUAGCUGCUGUUUAUCUGCAGGCACUGCGGACGCUGCUGCUCGGGAACGCAUCGUGCACCUUCAGCCAGGACUGGACCCGGGCACACUUCAGGUUCCGUGAGCCACACUCUGACCUGGCCUACGCUCUGGAGGCUGAGAAGGGAGGAACGAGAGCCAUUGUGAUGGCUGUACAGGCAAACAUCAUUAAAUACCUGCUCUUCAUGAGGAACACAGAACACACUCACCUGGAGAGACUGCGCAAAAUCAGCCAGAAGGAGCAAGGAGAGGCCUUGGCCGCAGCGCUGGCGGACAGCCUGUGGGCAGCGGGGGACGGCCAGAGAGCCACUGUCUGCAUCCUCACUGCAGCCGCCCACUGCUCCCCUCCUGCAGGCUACAAAGCCGACAGCUUCACUGAGCGGAUCCACCUGUUCGAGUUCCCUGAGAAAGCAGCAACUCAGGAGUUCAUCUUUGACCAUAUUGGCUGUUUCAGAGAUGAAGGAAGUCACGGACUGAUCCUGUUUUUAUACAGUUUACUUUUCUCUAGGACAUUGAAAAGGGUCCGGGAGGAGCUGGGUGGCACAACGCCGCAGCUGCUGGAACGCAGCUCUGGAAAUGUCACCUGCACGCAGCGGCUCCUUCCGCAGGCAGCGCUCCUGCUCGUCCUGGCGGGCCGCACGCAGCCCGGGCGGCGCAGCGAGGUGGGCUUCCUGCGCUGGGGCGGUGAGGACGCCGAGCGCCGCCUGGCCCCGGUUGGCAGCAUGCUGAAAACUCCCAAGUUCCCUAUCUGGCUGUGCGGCAUCAACGGGACUCACAGUGUCCUCUUCAGCACCAACCGGCUGCUCCUGUCCGACUGGAAGAUGGAGCACAUCUUUCACCUCUAUUUCUACAAUGGGCAGUGCAGGCAGAUGAGAACAGCCCACCUGACCAUAGAUACCCACUCACACCACUGGGAAGAGGGCCGCAGUGAGGCCACGAGCAGCCCAGGGAGGAGGGUUCCAUCGCUGGAGAUGGCCAUCAGGACCAAGUGGCCGGAGGCGGAGGUCAGAUGGAAUGGCACACAGCCCUUCUUCUGAGCUGCCCCCCACCCCACCGCCACCACCAGCACCAGGAGCAGGGCCAUCGCUGGCACCGCCACAGCCCUCAGCCGGAGCUGGCAGGGAAAAGGAAACAGCAUGGCAACGUGGUCAUUUCCCCCCAGGCAGAGAUGUUCAAGAAAUAAAAGUGUGUCGUGGAAGUGCUGACCACAGUGUAAGGUUAAAUAAUAUUAAGCACUGACAAAUGACUGUGGGCAUCACAAUCAUUUGGCCUGCUGCCCACAGCAGGCACAGCCCCGACCCGCAGCAUCCCACGGGCAGCCCCGUGCUGCUCCCACCAUGCAGGCUGUGCACACCACCACGUUACAAACUGUUCUCUGCUUCCUUUUUUAGAUCUCACCUGAAAAAGCUGUUAGUCAUACCAAAAACGUGUGCUGUAAUGACAGCUGUCUUGAGAAUAAACUUUCCUGCGAGCAACCCACAGAUUCAGACCCCUGGAUGAAAACAAGGUAAAAAAAGAGUGUGGUCAGAACCAGCCUGCCAUGGUGCCGGAUUGGGCCAUGAGCAGGCGGGGCUCUGCACUGCUCCCUGCUCCCCUCCUGCAGUUUCUGCUCAGGUCGAAGCUCUGCCACCGCCCCAAGUGUGCCACAUUUCUGCAGCAGAGCAGAGGGCACUGCAGCCCCUGGUGCCCGCAGUCCCCAGGGCCACCACCACCAGAGUGCAGCCUGCCCGUCACAGAGCUGCGGGGCCGGGACCCCAGGGCAUCAUGCAGAGGCAUAAGGCAGGGCAAGCUGCAGCCUGGCGCCCACCAGCAGCCAGUGCCCACCAGCAGGUCACAGCCCGGUGCCCACCAGCAGGCUGUUCCUGCCAGGGCUGUGCAAUGCUGGCUGUACCAGGACAGGCAGAGCUGGGGCAGGGCAGGCAGGGCUCCGGUGAGUCACGUCUGGUGUGCAGUGCUGCCAUGCGUGGGGAGGAACCAUACCACAGCCCAGGCAGCCCAGGGUGGUGUUUAAGGCAGGUCAGCUUAUUCAUACUUAAGAACACCUUGACAAGGUAAGGAAGUCAGUGUUCAUGCUAAACAGAGCAUACUUAUUCUACCUGAGGAAUACUGGCAUGUGCUCACAUAGUGGAUUAAUGAAGCACAAACAGAGCCAUGAAAUAAAUGCCAAUCAGACUCGACUAACCAGCACCGAGGGGCGCACUGCACGGCCAGGCAUGCUGUGUGGUAGUGCCAACUAAAUGGGUUCCCAUGAAGGUUCAAAGGUGCUAAAGCACAGAGUUCAGAGCUGUGUUCCUGGUCAGUGCAGCAGCUGCCCGCUGGCACACCAGCAGUGGUCAGAGCACAGCUGCCAGCACUGGGCCCCAGUGCCACGUCCUGCACACACAGCUGCAAUGAAUGCACGCAUGGUUUCUAAAGAAAGAAUCAGGAACAGAAAUGUGCUGCACCAAACUGCGGAAGCAGCCCCACUGCCUCCCCUGGGGCUUCACCCUUCCUCCCUCUGCCCCUCUGUCUGUUAUAACCUCUGUGCAGUGCAAGGCUAAAUUUAAGAUUCAAGUUCCCCUCAGUGAGAAGGAAGCCUUUUCUGCAAGCUAACAGCACACUUACAGAUGCUUUAAAAAUAAGAAGCAAUAACAGCAGUCUGGCUGUUGGUUAAACUUAGAUGGAAAAAGCAAACAAACAAAACACAGAAGAGAGAGGGGAGAGCUCAGCAGCUCCUUGCAGAGCCUUGCAUUCACAACAAAGCUCGGCUGCAGAUUUUCCUUUCUAGCCCAGAAAUCUCUUUGCAGAAGAUGCACAGACCCGGCACAGCCCACACACGGGGGUGCUUCAGACACACAGGGAUAGGUGGGGUGGGGGCUGCCUGAGAAACUGCCCUGAGCCUCAGUGAGGCACGUGGGAAACAAACCCAGACAUGUGGGUGAAACUCAUAGCACAGCAUUGCACCUCAUCUGAGUCAGCCCCAGAGACAGCGAGUAUCGGAGCCUCACGGCAAGCUGCAGCACCACACCUGGGAGGAAGAGGGGCACCAAGAAAAGUGAUUCCCUGACAGAAAUGGCUUCCGAGCGCCCUGCAGGGCCUCCGGAGAGCUUUGCCCAUACCUCCUGCAGGCAGCAAAAGUAUGCCAGCACUGCUGCCGCUCCCCUUAUAGCCCACCCUCCUCUCCCCACCCCCAGGAGCUUUGGAGAGUGGUGGGAGCACUGCCCAGCUUCAGGGUCCUGCCCACCCUCGGGGCCGUGCCCAUACAUAGCACCUGAAAAGGUGCUAUGUUUGUGGGACUCGGAGAUCAGAAUACAGCAGACUGUUAUCAGAUAUUUAUUGCUGCCCCUUGUAGUCUCAAAAUGGCUUUACAAACUGCAAGGAUCACUCUCCCUGAUCCUCAGAGUACAAAACCAAAUGUAUCAGACAACAGCUGUAUGUUUUUCUCCCUUUUUUAGUAUGCUCUGAGCCUGACUGUAUAUGGAGGGCAGAUUUUUUGAACCAAAAUUAAAAAGCCAAUGUCUGUACACAAAAUGAGAACUGCACCAUGUGUGCAGCAAUGCCCCCACAGCAGUCCCAGCCCCUCCGAGGCUCUUUGCUCCACACUCCAGCUCUGCAGAGCACCUCUUUGCUGGAAGCACAAGUGCUGGGCAGGGUGCACGUAACCCAGGCACGCACCCGACAGCUUUGUGUGUGUUACUGCUGUACAUUUCACUGCAGGCUCCGG